AUGGGCAACACUGCCUCUUCCAGGAUACCCACUCCCAAGAAUCCCAAUUUCCCUCACACUCUCGAUGAGAAGGAUGUCAUCUCCGAGUUAUCGGCCUCCUUGUCGUCGCUGGAGAUAGCUGUACCAAAGUCCAAGGACGGAUCACUCACCCUCGGCCAUGUUGCGUCCUGGGAAGCGGCUGCUCAGAACGAUUCUAAAGUACAUCUUGCCCGGACUAUUCUAUCUCAGACCGAUAUUCGUUCUGUCCUCACCUCGCGCGCAAGCCGAAUAACCGACCAACACAUCUUCAACAAUGUUGUCGACUUUAAGACUGGUCCUAUCACUAACCAGAAGAGCAGUGGUCGCUGCUGGCUCUUUGCCACUACUAACGUCAUCCGCUAUGGGAUCAUGAAGAGGUUCAAACUCAAAGACUUUCAGCUGUCACAGUCUUAUCUGUUCUUCUGGGAUAAGCUCAACAAGUCCAAUUACUAUCUUGAGCUCAUGAUUCAACAUGCGGAUCUCCCCAUUGACGACCGCCUCAUCUACCAUCUCUCUGGCGACCUUAUUAGCGAUGGUGGCCAAUGGGACAUGGCUGUGAACUUACUCGAGAAAUAUGGCCUCGUUCCACAGGCCAUCUAUCCUGAAUCUACCCACUCCUCCCUCUCUGGUCCUCUCAACUCUCUCCUCAAGACUAAACUCCGUGAGCACGCGCUCAUUCUUCGCGACCUUGCGGCCUCCCUUCGUGGAGCCCACAUCCGCGAAGAAACUGUUAUUGCUACUCUUCGGGCAAAGAAGGAAGCGCUUAUAAAGGAGAUCUACAACAUCAUGACUGCCACCCUCGGCGUGCCCCCUAACCCGAACAAGAAGUUUGUUUGGGAGUACAUUGAUGCCGAUGAUAAGACCGGUAGAUGGGAGGGAUCUCCCAAGGAGUAUUAUGAACAAUUUGGUACCAAGCCCUUCUCCGUAAGGAUGGUUCCAGCAGAGUCCUUCUCGCUCAUCAAUGAUCCCCGGAAUGAGUAUUCUAAGCUCUACACCGUCGACAAGCUGGGAAACAUUUGGAAUGGCAGGCCUGUUCUGUAUGUUAACACUGAAAUCGAUAACAUGAAGCAAACGGUUGUUAAAUUAAUCAAAGCUGGUCAAGCCGUCUUUUUUGGAUGUGAUGUUGGCAAGUUCUCUGACAAGGACGCUGGUAUUAUGGACACCGCUCUGUUCGAAUACGAGAACGCGUUCGACAUCAAGCUGGGUCUGACCAAAGCCGAACGUCUCCAACUAGGAGAUUCAUCGAUGACGCAUGCUAUGGUAAUCUCAGGAGUUCACCUUGAUCUGGAGGACAGACCUGUUCGCUACAAAGUUGAGAACUCGUGGGGUGAGACUGCAGGAAAGGACGGAUACUUUAUCAUGACCGACGAGUGGUUCACUGAAUACGUCUACCAAGUGGUCGUUCCCAAAGCUCUGGCUCCCAAGGAGCUGGUGCACGUCUACGAAUCUGGAAACCCCGUAGUUCUGCCGCCGUGGGAUCCAAUGGGCUCCUUGGCGUGAUUUUCGAGAGUGGUAAAGGACCUUUGUACUGAGUAUGGGAGGGCAGGCUGUUGUACCUUGACUAUUUAUAUAAAUAACUAUAUCCUUGCUUGCCGACUGCCG